AUGUCGUCCUCUCCUCUACACCUCUCGCAGUUCCGGAAAUGGCUUUUCAUGUCGCCACCCAUAGUCUGGGGCGUUGAGCGCCUCCGGGAACUCUGCAUUGGAUCUCUCCGCCAGGGCCCCAUUCCUCAGCAUAUCGCCUUUGUCAUGGAUGGCAACCGGCGCUACGCUCGCACCCACCAUAUUGAAACCGUGGAGGGCCAUAAUCUAGGGUUCGAGGCUUUGGCGAGGAUCCUGGAAGUGUGCUACAAGUCCGGGGUCAAGGUUGUGACAAUAUACGCCUUCAGCAUUGAGAACUUCAAGCGCUCCAAGUUCGAGGUAGAUGCGUUGAUGGAUAUGGCAAAGUUCAAGUUGUCGCAGAUUGCCCAGCAUGGCGACCUGCUGGAUCGCUAUGGUGCAAGAAUCCAAAUUCUGGGCCAACGUGAUCUUUUGAAGCCCGACGUGAUUGAGGCCAUGGAGCGAGCUGAGGCGAUGACAAAGGACAACAACAAAGCUGUUCUGAACGUCUGUUUCCCUUACACUUCCCGCGACGAAAUCACCACCGCUAUCCGCAACACUGUUGUAGACUACAGCAAACCCCACCCGCCCCCCCUGCGUCGGCCAUUCUCUGAAGGCCAUAUCGCCCGCAACAUCCGCGCUCGCAACCUUGAGAGUCUCUCCGAGGAAGAUUCCCCUGAGGCUGGAGACGAUGCCCCUGACUCCUUGGAUGGAGACAAGACGUCCGACGCACCCGUCUCCGACGUUGCUUCCACGAACUCCUUAACCUUGCACGAAUCCACAGACGGCUUGAAGGAGGAGAAGGUGCCGGACAAUUACCCUGACCCGGAAACCAUCACUGCGCAGACACUCUCGGACCGCAUGUUCACGGCAGACAACCCGCCCCUGGACUUGUUGGUCCGGACGUCCGGAGUUCAGCGUCUUAGCGACUUCAUGCUGUGGCAGUGCCACGAGAACACCCAGAUCGUUUUUCUGGACACCCUGUGGCCCGAAUUCGAUCUGUGGCAGUUCUUGCCCGUGCUCGUGGAGUGGCAGUGGAGACAGAAAAAGAUACAGAACGAAGAGAAAGCGCGAUUGAGGCUGAAGGUCGCAUGA